CAGUUGCGAAGGACGCGCCAUAUUUUUCUGCGCUUAAAGGAGCUAUAAAAGAUGAAUUCUGUCAACCCAGCUGCAUUCAUAAGAAACAGAUAAUAAUCGAUUACUGUAAGCCAGGUGGAGACAUCUCAGCGCAUCUGUCAGCAUGGCUCCCGUCGACUGGGAUCACAUCAUGGGGCUGGAUGCCAAGGAGCUGACAGAAGACACUGCUGAUGAUUUGCUCAGUACCCUUUCAAAGGUUAACCCGUCAGAUUCCGAUGCCCCGGACCGUCUGCUCCAGCUGUUUGAAGUGUCGCGGGCCAUCAUGCAGAUCAAGAGUGAACAGGCCCAGGUGGCCAUGGAGGAACUGGAGAACAUGGCCCAGGCACAGGGUCAAGAAGGAGUCCGCAAUGAGCAAGCACUGCUGGAUCAGAUCAGAGAAUUGGAAGAGGAAAACAGAAGGCUGCAGCGUAUGGGUGGUGCGUCAGGUUCUAGGGACAUCCGCUCCCUCCAGAAUGAGAUCCAUGAGCUGAGUCGCCAGUCGGACCUCCUGCAGCGUGAGCUGAAGGAGAAGGACCGAGAACUGAUCAAGGAGCGACGAGACGGUGAGAGGUUUGCAUCAAGAGCGGAGGAAGCUGAACGAGAGAUCAGGGAACUGAAGCGAGAUAAUGACAUGUUGCGUACAGAUCUGCGGGACUACCAGCGGCAGAUGGAAUCACAGCGUGAGAGCAUGCUGCAGCGCCGCGGAGAUGACGUGGAGGUUCACGACAAGCUGCGCAUGAAGAACAGGGAGUUGAACGACCAAUUGGAGGAAAUUCAGAAUCUUACCGAGGCCAAUGAGAAGCUCCAAGACCAAUGUGCCGACCUGACCUCCAAGCUGGAGACGGCGGCCAAGGACAUGGACAGCAUGGCUGAAGCCCACGCCAAGCUGAAACUGGUCUUGCAGCAGUCGGACACCGUGACGCAGACACUGGACAAGGAGAAUGAGAUACUCAGAGAGCAGAUCCAAGAUCUGACCGACCAGCUCCGUGGUAAGUCCGGUGCUGAUGAUGAAAUCAUGGAAGCACUCAACAAGAAAGUAGAUGAAUGGAAAGAAGCGCUGGUUAAUAAGGAUGAACAGAUAGCUGAACUUAAUGACAUCAUCAGACAGCAGAAGGAGCAGUUAACGGCGGCUUACAUGGACACCGACAAGACAUCAGUCGUAGUGCUGUCACAGGCCUUGCAAGACAAAGACUUGCAGCUGGAAGCCCUCAAGAAAGAGCUGGAGAAAUCAGCAGAUGAAAUGGCUGACCUGACCAGCCAGCUAGAAGAGCUUAAGAAGGAUGCAACACAGGGUGGAGCACCAGGAGUGCGGAUGCAGAACACCAUACGCGACCUGAGGGCCACCCUGAAGGAUCAAGAGAGGGAAGGGAAGCGAGCAGAGGAAGGUAUGCAGCAGGCUGAGGCCGAUGCUAGAGAGAAGGACAAGCAGCUGAACGAGGCCUUGGCUAGGAUGAGGGAAUAUGAAGCAGGUGAAUAUGGUCUAGCUGAAGCUGUGCAGGAAAUCAAGGAGUGCAAGAAAAAUGUUGCUGUACGAGAUCGAAAUAUCGAGCAGCUGACGCAGAAUGUCAACAAGCUGGAGAUGAGCCUGAAUGACCUCUUGGAAGAGAACGAGGAACUGCGAGGCAGGCUAGGCCUUGACCCCAAGGAGCCCCUCGACCUUGGCCAGGUCAGACUGUCCAAAGCCUUGCAGCACCAGCAGGACAGAGCUCUGAAUCAGGUGUUGAGCCAAGAGUUGGAGAGACUUGAAGCAGAGAGGUUGGAACUGAAGAAACAGGUUCGUCUCUUGGCUCAGCAGAGAGCACAAAGGGCAGUGGCCCUGGGCCUGUCUGCGGAUGACAUGGUGGCCAUUGAGGAGUUCACGGAAGGUCUCAAGACCAAGAAGAAGACCGGAAGGGUGGGGCUGGGGGACACGGUGACACAGCUGGUGAAAGGAGAGCAGCAGAUAGGCCCGGCAGACUCACUCAGGCUCAAGGCAAAGCAGCUGGAGCAGGAACUGGUCAGAGCCGACCAGGUGACGGAACGCAAUCGCAACCAGGUGGCGGAGUUGGAGGCCCGCAACCAUCAGCUAGUGGAGGAGAACAGACAGCUAGAGAACAGCAUGAAGGAGAUCCUGCAGGCCUUGAAGGAACAAGCAGGCGGUGGCGGGGGCACCGGUGGGGAGCUACAGAUCCCUAACCUAGAGAGAUUGGUAGCGCUUCUUGAGGCCAAAACGGCAGGUGGGAACUACGAGGCACAAGUUGUCAUGAAGGCGCAGCUGGACCAGCUCACUGGCAGAAAUGAAGAACUACGACGUGAGCUACGCCAGAUUAGGAACGAAUGCGAAAAGGCUGGCAUCAACUUGGACAGGGCUAACAACAAGAUCGCCAGACUAGAGCAAGACCUGCAGGCGCUAAGGGAUGCGGGUCAGGGUGCCAUCACCCUCCACCACAUGCAGCUGCCACAGGGAAUGGCUGUGUCCAGUGCUGAAGUCAUCAGCUCGCUCAAUGAGCAACUCAUACAUGCACUACAGGAAUUGUCUAACAAGGAAGAUCAGGUGAACCGAUGCGAGUCUUCCCUGGUUGUCUACCGACGCAGGUUUGCCGUGCUGCGACAUCAGCAAGGUCUGCUGUACCAAGACUACAAAGAGAAGCAGGAGGAAUGGGAAAGUCAGUCGGAGGGAUGGGAUAAGGCCAAGCAGAAGCUGCUAGACCAGAUGGAGCAACAGGAGGCCAAGGUUCAGGAAUUCAAUAGACUCCUAGACACUCUUCAGCAGAGCGGGGACGAACAGCAACGUCGGAUCGCCGAGGGGACCCGGAAGAUCACUGUUCUGCGAGUCAAUGAGAGAGCCCUCACUAGACGGUUCACAGUCAGUCAGGAGGUGGAGGGAACCCUGAGGAAGGAAGUCAACAAGCUCCGCAAUGAGAUGGUUCAGAUGGAAACGGCCAUCACGGAGAGACUAGGAUAUCUUCAAAGACAUAAGGAAGCAUCACAAUUCAAGAUAGCCGCCCUCCAGCGAGCCUUGGACGAGAGUGUCCCAGCCUCAGAACUGGAGUCUUCAAAUCGACAGUACAACGAGUUGGCCGCCAAGUACAGAGACCUGUUACAGACGGACAACCAGUUAGUUGCCAGAAACACGCACAUCGACCAACUGGAGUCUGAAAAUAAGCGGCUUGAGUCAGAUGUGGACAUUUUGAAGAGAGAAUUAGCCACUGAGAAGGAGAAACUCCACACCCUAGAGCAGGCUGUGGAGGAACUAGGAAGGAUAGGAGGGGGAGCUGGGACUAAGUCCAAUGUGCAGACCAGCGAGCACCUGUCACUGGCCAAGCGACUGACCACCAUGGAGAUGAAGGAACUGAACGAGAGGCAGCGAGCGGAACAUGCCGUGAGGAUGCAGGACCAACUGCGCAAGACAUUGACUGAGAUGGAGAACCGAAACCUGGAACUGGAGCAAAAAUUUGCAGAGCUCACUAGACUCAACCUUGAAGGGCAGAAGAUAGAGAGAGAGUUGCGAGACGAGCUGACCACCUGCGUCACCAAGGCAGCCAGCGACAUGGACAAGAGACGUAUCGGUGAACUGGAGAGGUCAGAGGCUACGCUGCGACUGGAGAAUGAAAAACUCAAGGAGAUGGUUGAUGUCGCAUCCUUCCAGACCAAGGCUUUGGAAUCCAGGCAGAUCUCUAGGGAGAAAGAAGUGCUGUCGCUACGGCAACAGCUCAUCGACAUUCAGACCCAAAGCAACGAGAAGGCAAUUAUAGGGAAGCUCCACCACCACAUUGUGGCUCUCCAAAUCAGCGAAGGCACGGCCGUCCGCAAACUGGAAGCUGCCAAUGCCAAGAAUAAGAAAAUGGAAGCUCGGGUGCUUCGCCUGGAGCGACAGCUAGACGAGAAGGCACAGAGUCUCUACCACUGUCAGGUGGAUGCGCGCAACAAGGCCAGGCAUCUCAAAAGAACGAUCCAGGAACUACGACGUCAGUUCAGUGGGGCCGUUCCACUCGGUGACCAGGAGAAAUUCUCCAAAGCCAUGCUGCAGCUAAAGAAUGAAAAAGAACAAAUGCAAAGCGAAGUCAAAGUGUUGAAGUACGAGAGGGAGAAGGUCUCAGACCAACUGGCAGAGCUGGAGCUGAAGCACCACGGGCUGCAGGAGCUGAUGGAGACCCUGCAGGACGGCAAGGGGGCCGUCAAGGUGGCCGAAUGGCAUGCCAAGAUGCAGGAUACCCGGCUGCAGCAGCUCAAGCUGACCAGGCAGAUAGGACGUCUGCAGGAACAGAAUAAGUUUCUGGACGGACUCUCGGCCAAGCAUGAGAAAACCAUCACGUACUUGGAGCAGGACAAUGUCCGCGUCACCAGGGAGUCUGAGGAGAGGCAGUUGCUAUGGGAACAGCGGGAGUUGGAGCUGGAGAGGAUGAUUGACAGCCUGGAGAGACAGCAGAAGGAGAUGGCCAAUGCUGCACUCAGGUUUGAGGAGGCCACAGGAUCAUUGCCCGACCCAAGCUUGCCCAUAUCCAGCCAGCUGGAGCAUGCUAUCAGGUCCAUCAAGACCCACAUCAAGACCAUCCUGGAUGUGAGGGCAGAGAACACAGCCCUGCAGAAGAAACUGGCAGAAACGGAGACGCAGCUCAAGGAGACGGAGGACAACCUCCUCCAGCGAGACAAGAUCAUCAAUGAACUGCGCCUUCGUCUCCCGGCCUCCUCAGAAAGGGAUGAGAUCAUUAAGGACGGCAUGGCCCAGGGAGUCCGCUUCAAAGCUCUGGAAGAGACCUGUGAGCACAAGCAGGCCCUGAAGGUGGCCCAGACUCAGAUAGAGGGCCUACAGGCUCGUUUACAGAAGAAAGAGGAAGGACUGCAGAAAUAUGUGGGACUUUUGGAAGAAGCACGGCAGGAAUCGGCAGCUGAGCAUAAGAAACAUUUGGAAGACAUGCACUCCCUGCAGAUGAAACUGCAUGGUCAGUCAGACUCUGCGUUCAGCAAGUUCAAGCAGGCUGCCCAGACCCUGGUGAAUCAGCCGGGACCCCCCGUGCCCACCAACAAACAGCUGGCUCGCCUGCAGGAGCUGGAGGAUCUCUUGGCGGAGCAGGACAACUCCCUGUCAGCCAUGUCCAUCAAGCUGAAGGCCGCCCACACCGAGACCAGCAAGUGGAAAGGGGUGCUGGAACGCAAGGUGCAGGAGCACAAGGCAGAGAAGGUCAGAUUGAUGGAAGGGCACAAAGGUGAAGUGACUCGUCUGGAAGGCGAAAUCAGCAGUUUGAAGACUUUAAUACAGGAAAAAGAAGAAGAGAUAAAGAACUUACAGACUGACCUUGAAGCCCAGCGAGAAGCCAAUGCCAGAGCUCCCACCACAACCAUGAAAGCUCUGGUGGAGAGACUAAAACACGAUUUGGCACUGAAGGAGAAACAACACAAGUCUCUGAGUCAGGCACUUCUGAAGUUGAGAGCUGACAUGGUGGACACCGCCCAACAAAAUGUCAAGGCUAAUGCAGAGGAACAAGAGCAACAGAUCAAUGUGCAAAAACUGCUGGAGAAGGAGACUAAGCACAUCAAGGAGCAGCUGGAAGAGACAAGGGAUAAGCUGGACAGGGCCAAGAAGGAAUUGAAGAAGCAGAAAGCACAGUGCUCUGCAUUCAGCAGCGAAGUUCAGGAACUCAAAGAGGAUUUAGAAACUAAGUCAUCAGCGUGGCUCAAACUGCAAGAAGAACACAAGAAACUUCAGCAGAAGAUGGAAGCGCAGACCAGAGGUCAUAAGGCUGAAGAGCCAGAGAGGGGGCCCUCUGCCGAGGUAGACAGGCUCAAGAAACAGAUCCAAUCUCUGGAGGAACAGCUCCAACAAACAAAGGGGUCAGAUGUCAAAGGAGCAACCUCUGACCUUAAGAAGGAGCAGAGUGCUGCAGAGGUGGCCAAGUGGGAGGAAGGAAAGAAGUGGGAAAAGAGAGUGGAGAGUCUCCGCAACAAACUGAAGGACAGAGACAAGGAGAUUGAACAGCUACAGAAGGCUAAAAAGAUGAUGAAGGAGGCCCUCAAUAGGGCGGAGAGGAUCAAGCCUACUACAUCCACAAAACUGGAGGCAACAAAGAAGACAGUGACCUCUGACCCAGCCAUUGAGGAAGUGAAACGACAGAAUUAUGAGCUGGAAGAAGAGGUAUCAUCGUUGAAACGCCAGCAAGCCUUAGGCCAAGGUGCACUCCUUGAGGAGGUACAGCAGCAGAACAGACAGUUGACAGAGAAAUUGGACGUGAUGGAACGCCAGAUGGCCCGGCGGCUGGCUCAAACUACUGAGUCAGGAAGUGUGCCAGGUGCAGGGGUGACCGCUGAACCAGAACGAGAGCAGGAGCUGCAGAGACAGAUCCUGGAGCUGUCCCAGGAGAACCUAGAGCUGCGGUUUGACGCCGAGCAGGCCAAGCGAGACCUGCCCAGGCUCAGGCAACGCGUGGAGGACCUGCAGAGGUACAACCAGGCGUUGAAGGCUGACCUGGAGCAAGAGAGAGAGAAGGGGAGGGGCCGUCUGCCCUCUGCCGCCGCCUCUGGCUCGGCCGCGGGACUCAAGAAGUCGCUGGGUUCCAGUGGUAAGUCGGUUCCUGAGCUGGAACGCACCAUCGGCCUGAUGAAGAAGGUCGUCGAGCGUGUGCAGAGGGAGAAUGAAGAACUCAAGAAAGCGCCGGGGGUCACGGUCCAGACCGAAAUUCACGGACUGAAAGAGGAAAAUCAGAAACUGAAGACGGAACUAGAUAAGCUCAAGCGGCAGGUGGGCGGCCAGCUGAGCACCCGCUACGAGAGCACCCAGAAGGGCGUGGCCAAGGCCGUGUCAGAGAACAACCGGCUGAGGCAGGAGCUGAAGAGGGAGGUGGAGUCCACGGAGAAGCUGCGAGUCACCAACAGUCAGCUCAGUCUUGAUAAGGAGAGGCUGCAACGACAGCUGGAAGAUAGCCAUGAGAAGCUGCAAAUUGAGCAGGCUAGGGGGCCCAAACUGGAAGGAGCCGACAGCAAGAGCUGGAAAUCUAUCGUGGUGACCAGGAUGUAUGAGGAGAAGAUGAGGAGUAUGGAACAGGACAUGGAGAAAAAGAAUUCCACAAUUCAAGACAUGAAAUUGUUGUUGAGAGACUCAGCCCAGAGGGAGCAGGCUCUCAUGCAGCAGGUGGGGGAACUGAGAGAGAAGGUGGCCGUCUUGGAGAGAUUCCCAGCAGAUGCACUGACUUCAGACACUGAUCUGGUCCGAGAAUUGCAACAGUCAAGGUUGACAACAAAUCGUCUGGAAAACGAGAAGGCUGAGCUGCUGAAUGAACUGAAGCUGUUCCGACUCCAGGGCAGCCAGCCAGCAGAAAAUGAAGGGGACAAGGAUGAUUUUCUGACAGAAAGGCUCCACAAUUACAAUAAACUGAUGGAGGAGAACGUGGAACUCAGAACAGAUAUGAAGUCCCUCCAGCUGGAACAAGAACGGCUCAGACGAGAUAAUGAAAGGCUUCGCAAAGAACUGGAGCAGUUUGAUCCGGCAUUCUUUGAGGAGAUAGAAGAUCUGAAAUACAACUAUAGGGAAGCGGUGCAGCGGAACGUUCAGUACGAGGAACAGCUCCGCAAAUUCUCCCAACAGUUUGGCGUUUCGGUCAACGUCCCUGCCAUUUGACAGAGUUAAAAGGACUUUAAUUUGAAGGACUAAACAGCCUUAUCUAAUGCAGCUCAGGAAAUAGAAACUUAGUGACAGUAAUUUGAGUUAGCUUUUUUGGCCUAUAUUAUACGCUGUUUUGUUUCACUGUUUUAACCCCUUCGCAACGUAGGACUGCUACUACCGCACCGUUGGUGAGGAUUAGUGCAUA